GAAACGUGGAUAUUUCGAAAUAUCUAGUCAGCUGAUAAUGAGCGCUAGUGUGGUAGCGGCUCUGGUCAAGUUCGGUGAAACCCUUGGAGACAAGUCGGUUGACACAAGUUCGAAACUACGUGUGCUAAGUACACUCAAUGAGGUAAAGCUUACUCUUAGUGAGUUAUCAGAGUCCGGUGUUGGUCGUGCUGUUCGUAAAUUAAAAAAUGAACCCGGUGAACUUGGAAAAACUGCUAGUACCCUUAUAUUAAAAUGGAAAAAUCUGCUCAGUGAGCAUAUAAAACAAGAAUCCAUAAAUAUCAGUGUACCCAAGGAUUCCGAAAAAUGUGAUGUUAAUGAAGCAUCCAAAAGUCUCAGACAGACUUCAAGUAGAGGCAAAUCAGCGUCGGUUAUCAGUGAAAAAACAAUCAGUUCGACUAAAAGUCCUGAGAAUAAUUUAGGGAGAAAUGUGCAACAUUUAGAUGAAGAUGACGUGGUCCCAAAUGCUCAAAAUAAUUCGCUACUUCACACAGCUGCAACUUCUGGUUGUCUUCCAAACAGUUCUACUUCUGACGAUUCGUGCUCAUAUUCUAAGGUUAACCAUAAGUUUCCAGAUAGUAAAAUUAAAUCGACAUCUAGCAAAAAACGAAAGUCUACAGAUAUUGUGGACUCAAUCGACUCUUCUAGUGGAAUGUCGUUUAUGGAUUCAUUAAAUGUCAACGCAAACACUCGCACUCAUCGAAAGAAAAAGUGUAAUCUAACCAGUGCUUCAAGUGAUGAUUCUCAACAGGGCGUCGACAGAAAGCUUGAUAUAACUCCUCUGAAUAUUCCACUUCGACCUUCUGAAGCAUUUAGUGCAGAAAUUAUCUCAUCACUUUCUGAACCAGUUAGUCGUCCAGAUGUCGUUCAUCGUCCACCUAAUUUUCAGCCAAAUGAAACAGUGGAAGACGAUUUCGAUAAUGGAGAUUUGAAAUUCAAAUCAAAGAAAGUUCUUUGGGUACCAAAACAAAACCGUUCAUCGUUACCUCCUAACAAUCAUUCGAAUUCAUAUGAUAAUUUUCCUGGUUUCUUUGAUCCUCCCAGUUUAAUUGAUCUUUGCGUUGAUGUAUUGGCUCGUAAUAUAAGUCAUAUUAAUCAUUUCGGACAAGUACCUUAUGAAUUGCUAGCGAAAGCCUUACGUAGUGCCUCGGUGGAUGACUUGACCAGAAUUGAACGUUACAAUCCACAAUUCGUUGGAUUGAAUGAUGAUUUAUGGCGUAAAUAUAUAAAUCGAGAUUUUCAUCAUUUAUCUAAUAUUCGUCGUCGACCAGAUGAAACAUGGUGUGAUUUUUACAAUCGAUUAUCUAAAGAAGAAACAAAGCGUUUAGAUCGAAUUAUUUCACAAUCUGCACGUAAAGCCAAAGAAGAACUAGAAAGUAAGUUAGUUAAUAAAGUUAUUAUACAUUGAAAAAAAACCGUUGUCAAUAAUUGUAAGUACUUUUUAGACAGAUAUAUUUAUAUGGUAUGAUUUAUUAUUAUGAUUAUUUACAAUUCAAUACUUUUUAGAAUUACACACACAUAAAUUUACACGAGAAAAACAGGAAUUGUGUAGUAAAUGGUUGUUCAGAUAAAAUGGUAGUAUUUGUUAUUUGAUUGUGGUAUACAAUAAUCGCAAUGAAUAAAAUUAGUGACUCCUUUAAGUUAUGAGUUAUGUAAUGCUUGGUUCAGUCAGUAACAACGUAGAACUUCGCACGUACGUACAUCAGUUUGAGUUGCCACACCUCAUUAGCACAGAAAUGCAGUUGUCGAUUCAAAUUCCGUAGUGGUAGAGGUAGUAAGAGUAUAAGCAGUAAUCGAGAAGAUUAGGGUUUGAAGAUGUUAUUUAAAGAGUAUAAUACAGUGAAAUAAAUUUGGGAAGAGAAAAAAAGAGACAAGGAGGAAUAAGGAGAUCAAAAUUUGGGAGAACGCAAAGAGUGUAUGCACCUGCGCCAUUGCAAACGAUUUUGAGCCAUGUCAUUCAGGGUCUCUAACCAUCGGUUGCUAUCAUCUCGUGGUCCCCAACCAGGUAGUCAACACCUACCAACAUAGCUCAGUCCACUUGUCAGUGACUUCAUGAACUUGUGCCAUAUUUUGGUCUGGCCACCCCUAGCUUUCUUCCAACCUACUCCUACACCAUAAAACAGCACAUCGAGGCAGUCGGUCGUUGGGCAUACGUAACACGUGUCCCAGCCAUCUCAACUGAUGAAGUUUCACCACUUCAUCAAUUGAUUUGCCAUCCUUACCUAGUACCCGUUUCCUAACAACUGCGUUACUUACUCAGUGGUCCCAGGAUAUACGAGCAAUGUUUCGAAUACACAUGUGAUCAAAUGCUAGUAACCUACGGAUAUCCUUUACUCUUACCGGUCAUGUUUCACUGCCAGUAAGAGUAAUACUUGGUUACUAAGUAUACACUUAUAUAUGUACAAUUGGCUUUGAGUUGCAUUUUAGAUAUUAAAUCAAAUACUACUAUACAGUUUCUCAAACCUGAAAGAAGGUAGAGUGUAAACCCCACUUUAUUUGUAUUGUUUUUUUACAUCCAGUUAAUAUUAUUAGCUACAACUGAUUGAUUAUUGAGUACUGAUCGAUGUAAUAUUUGUCUAGUCCUCUUAAUGUUCAUGGUGUUCUAUCGUGCAAGUUAAAGUGUAGCUACUAGUCGAAGUGACUCGACAUCACUUGUUGAUCGAAUUCUGUCGUUCAAGUUCAAUCAACAUUAAGGCACUACAUAAAAAUUACAUUGGUCAUUACUCAUUCAUCAAUUAAUUGUAAAUAUGUAAGUUCAACAUGUGAUCAGAAUAUGACCCAGCAGUAACAUCUCAUGUUAAAACUAGGUGAAGUGGGUUCGAAUCCCACAGGACCAUCAGUCCCUUCAUGGUUACAGAUACACCUUGUUGACGAGUUCUAACUAGUACAAAACCUAGGACAUGCAAUGUUUCUUUCUGACCACCUCCAACCAGAAAACAUCAGCAUGGCAUUAUCAGCUCUCACAUCUUAAGGCCGAGUACGCAAAAAUGUAAUUGGCAAAUGAAAUACAUGAUUAUUAAUUAUUGUUAUUCUAUUUAUUACUGAUUUGUGUUUCGUCUAAUCUACUGUAGUUCGGAUUCAUUAUUCCCCACACGUAAAACCAAGACACAAAUGUAGGAUAAUAUACGGUACUAUUCAAUGUGACUAUAAAUUUAACUUAUGCAAAAUACUCAAAAAAAAUUGCAUCACUGAGGUAUACAGCCAAUGAGUUCAGUGAAGCUUGUGCAAUCACAUAUAAAAUAUAUUAAACAGAUAACUGGCUAAAGAACACAAAAAUAGUUACUUGUCACAAAAGAAAUACGCCUGUGACAAACAAGGAGGGUAAGUUUGUCAUCUAACGAUCAAUUAAUUUCAUCGAUCAAACUCAAACUUGCAACAAUUUUUACAAUCAAAAUGUAAGAACAUCAUUUAAUUAAGCUUUUAAGUAAUAUGAACUCGUUAGUUGUUUAACAAAAAAAGACACCUCAUGCAAUCUAAAAAUGUAAUUGUACCCUCAAAAGGUAGCCCAAUUCAAUCAACUCAAGAUGCAAUAAUUCAAACUUUGAAAAAGCAUUAUGGCAGCUCUCAUAGGAAAGUGGUUAAGUAAAUUCAAACUAAAAAGGUUAAUAAAGGCCGAUUAAUAACAAUGAUAUAAUAAGAAAGCUGAAAUUGCAAGUAAAUUAGAUAAUAAUAUUCGUCGUCAACCAGAUGAAAUAUGGUGUGACUUUUACAAUCGAUUAUCUAAAGAAGAAACAAAACGUUUAGAUCGAAUUAUUUCACGAUCUGCACGUAAAGUCAAAGAACAACUAGAAAGUUAGUUAAUAAACCAGGUCUGUUGUGAGAUAUCAACUCACUGAAGACAAUGGUGUACGUUGGUGCAACUUCGUGAAUUAAGUGAAGUUAGACAUUAACACCGUUGGAUGCCGGCUCAGUGGUCUAAUGGUUAAGCGCUCGCGCGCGUGACUGAUAGAUCCUGGGUUUGAAUCUCGCGGGGGGCGGGAUCGUGGAUGCGCACUGCUGAGGAGUCCCAUACUAUGACGAAACCGCCGUCCAGUGCUUGCAGGUUUUCCAUGUUGGUCUAGCUUCAAUUGACUUAUGAUUUCAACUAUUGAAAUUUCUGAAAAAAUCUCCACAAAACCCCUUGUAAUGGUAAUAGUAGUUUGAUCUAGAACCAAGAAAAAGAACAAAUAGAACACAAAAAUGGAAAUACCGAAUGUAAUUUCAUAUUCAGAAUGUGACAGAAGGUUAUUGCGAUAUACAGUGUAUAGGUGAAGAGAUUUUCACAAACAACUGCACUCAUACGUACAAAAAACAUUUUACAAUCUGUAUCCAAGGUUGAAUAAUACAUGAUUAUUUGUUUAGUUGUGUUUCAAUAAACUUACCAUAAUUUACUAAUAAUUUUCAAACUUUUUUUGACAAGUAAUAAACUUAGAUUCAAGAGUCAUGCAAAUGAAUCUACUACUCCACACUCAUUAUCAUGUAAACAUGGUAGCUUUCUUAAAUUUCGAGUCGUCAACGUUUUUUGGUUAGAGGAGUAUUUUCACGAUCAUCUGAUAGCAUAUUAUAUACCAACGGGAAUGUAUUUCAUAAUUAGUCCAUAAUAGGAGUAUGUAAAUCAGCGGUUGAUUAAACUAUAAACAUACUAUUGCGAAAAUACGAACAAUUGGAAAUAAAUAUCUAGUUGUUUGAAUUUUGUAGCGAAUAUAUCUAUACCGGUGAUUUCGGCUAAUAGAUAUCUCAUCUAGAGCUUCUAAAUGUACUGGGGAGGUUUAGAAUUGAGAAAGUUCUCUUCCUCUUUAAAAUACUCGUUUAUUGCUUCCUCCAGGGAAGUUUCACCUAUCAUCACACAUUGGAAGGCGUCUCUAUAAAGUAAGAGGUCAGAAACUAGCAUCUGACUUUUAAAUCGAGUCUUGAAAUACGAAGGUUUUACCUAAUAAAGUUAGGAAGUUCUAAUUUCGAAUCACGGGUGCGCAUUAGCUCCAGGAUCUUAAGAGACUAAAUAUCCUACGAACAUACUGUCCUCAACAAUUAUCACAGAACUUCAUCUGACUCUUCCUCACUUUUUAUUUAUUCGGACACAUAAACAUUGGUACAAGGAGGCACCAAACAGAUAUGCAUCACAUAAAUCAUUCGGUUUCUGUGAGGGCUGGGAUACUUCCCGGGUGCCCAAGCAUCUGGUUCUCCCGGGGGGCCACACCCCGAGCCUUUGACCCAAGAGUCUAAUCCACAAGUCAGCGGGGUAACGUCAGGCGAUGCAGUCCCAUGGUAGCCGGUGAUCAACAAUUGGUUGAUACGCCAUUUUUUCCUUCAGGAUCCUAGAGUCCAUGUGCCCCAUUAGUUUGGAAUCAGGGUUUUCCAACUCCUCUAGGUGGAUCCUUCAUAUUCAUCAACCCGGUUAAUGCGUCGGACAUUCGAUUUUCGUCCUCUAAAUUUCGUAAACAACACUCCCGCCACGAGAAGGCAGUGAGUAGGACUUCCCUGGCAGAGGCUAUAUAUGCGUGGCCAUGUGAGAGCAUUUCGAGAGGGAAAGCGGACUCUCCCCACUCUCGGCCGUACCAGGACAUUUGGGGGCAAGUAAUUCUCUAUAGCUUUCUAAUUUUAUUAACAUUGCCAACUUAUGGAUUUAUAUCAUAUGAAACACUUCACACUGCAUAAACACAAUUAUUUUAGUUAUUUCUCUGUCUUUAACGAGCACUUCGUUUUGUUACAGUAUUAGAUCUGGUGAGCUUGACUAAAUUACCUUGCCUAAGUGAAGUUUCCCAGUAAUUCAUUUAGUAUUCUUAUUUUCAACGAUAUCAAUUGAUCAGGCAUGUCACUGAUUCUUCAAAGUCAUUAAAUUUAAUACGUUGUAUACUACGCAGAAUUUCUUUUCUUCCUAACAGCGCGACGAACUACCUUGACUACUGAAGUGAUUACUCCACGUCAAAUGCAACGACGUGGUGGUUAUCGUCAAACAAACUGUAAAUCUAGUAGUAAUAAUAAUAAUGCAUUAUCUAAUUUUAAACCACGUAAUAUGAGUCAUCCAUCUCCGAAUGGUGCAAAUGUACAUAGCAAAAUAAAUCGACCAAUCGCUUCAACAUCAAAUACAAAUACUUCGAACUCUAAUGCUGGUGUUAGUGGUGGUGGUCUUUUGAACAAAUUGCGUAAGCAAUUCCAUUCUGGUCACCUCAGGUAGAAAAAGGUUUCAAUCACGUUAGUAAUAAUAAUAAUAUUAAUGAAUGUUUCUCAACUGUAUCAUUCACAAUAAACUUGUAAAUUGACCCCCACAUACAUAUGUCAUGCACAUAGCAACAAAAUUCUCUCACUGUGAUUCAACCUAUUCCAAACUUGUUUUGCUCUAUGAAUUGUUAUGGUAUGACAAAAUUAACGAUCACUGUUCAUCGUUUUUUUUUUCGAAUUAGGUCCUCUUUUUUUGAUUGUACAUUAUAUGUACAAAUUGUAAAACAAUUAAUUUGUAUUGUAUAUCGUACAAUAUAUUGCUCAGGUAUAAACUAUCUCAAUAUCACUUGUUCUCAUCAUCAAAUUGUUUUGCUCUUUUUAUAUUUUCGUAAACCUUUUCUUUCUUUUGUUAAUCCCUUCUUAUUGAGAAUUGAGAAUAAAACAAUAAUAAUUCCAACCAUCCAACUGUUAAGACUUCUUCAAUGCUUGAACAAUUCUUUCUAUGUUUAUGUGUAUGUAAUUUGUAUCUAGCACUAUUCCUUUUAUUGCCUACUCACACUUUUGAUCCUUUUCAUAUUUCUUUACAAUUUUAGUGUAUUUAUCAUGGGGGAAAUGUCAAUGUUUCUAGUCUCUUUCUCUCUCUCUCUCUGUCUUCCCUAUGAAUUUGUUUCUCUAAUUGUAAUCAUUAUUUAAUAAUGUUAUAUUUGGAUUCAAAAAAUCUCUUACUUCCUUUAAUUCUAUUACGUUCUGCUGUUAUCUUUUUCUUAUUUAUUAGCCAAAAUAAGUGUAUGUACAAAAUUCGGAUUUUCAUCAUUGAAAUCACAAAUCGAUCUAAGUUAGUAGUUGCACAUGUAUGCAGGACUUGAAUCCAGGACCCCACGCAUAAUGUUCUGGAUUAACUUAGAUAUUGAUUCAUGAUUUCAACUGUGAAAAUACCUUAAUAAUGAAAUUGGAUUUCUUAAGUAUGAAUUCCAUUGGAAAGUGAAUAAUCUCUUAUAGUUUCUUAUAUUCUGUAGUUGUUUGUUUUUGUUAAAUGGUUUUUAAUCAUUUAUAUUUUUGGUGUUCUAUAUUUUGUAUAUAUAUAUAUAAACGUAUUACUAAUAAUAAUUGUAAUGGUCGUAAGCCUUUUUCUUCUAAUUUAUUACGUAAUCUUAUCAAUUUGACCUUUUUUUUCUUAUCCUUUGUUUUUAUUUUAUUUUCAAUUUUUUGUUGUUGUUGUUGAGUACUUACUUACUUUUUAAGUCCAUCUAUUGUUGUUUGAUUUUGAUUAGUGUCAUAUGUACUAUUAGUGACUUAUACUCAUACUCUUGAACUCCUCACACUUAAUCGAUUGUUUCAUUUGUGCCUUUCAUAUUGAAUGAGUGUUGUUUUUGUUUAUAUUAUUUAAGUGUCAAAGUAUACAUUCUAUUAGUAAUAGUAUUUAUAAUCAUAAUAUUUAUGAAAAUUUGUUCAUUAUAUAUGUAUCAUGGUAAAAUGCAUAUUGUUACAAACUAUCAUAUCUCUAUCUGUACUAUGUAUCCUGCUGUGAUAGUGUUGUUAACUGGUCAAAUGCAAUAAAUCUAAAGUUGUUUUCUUAAUAUUCUUUACUUAUCCUGAAAUGAAAACAAAACAAAAAUGAUAUGAACUAAGAUCAUGUUGAUUUAAUAGUUAAUUAAAUGAACAAAAUUGGAUCAAACACCUUUGAAAAUGAUACCUGAAACUUAUUCUUCAAGAUUAUGGAAGGAAAUGACUAUAAAGUACUUUAAUAACAUGUUUUUGUAAUAACAUUUUCGAUCCCGACAGUAAAUAAUGGAAUUCAGCCUACUUAGAGGUAAUUUUCAAAACAAACUGAUAUCAAAUGGAUAAUCAUUGAAAGCUAUGGUAGGCUGAACAGCUUUUUCUUGCAUAUCUUAAACUUCAGUGCUUUUCAGACCUAAAGUCCUAGUGUGAAGCUGUGAAUAAUAUAAUCAUCCAAGUUAGCAGUGAGACAAGUGGAUUUCAACUUGAUAGUCUGAAGAAAUGUUACUUGUCACAUAACAUAAAGGUCCUAAUUUCUACCUAGUUUAACGGCGUAUGCGGAGUUCCAAAUUAGGACGAAAACUUACACCUGUUACUCCUCGUAGAGGAGCAUAGGCCGCUCGCCAUCAUUCUCCAUCCAACCCUGUCGUGAGCAAUCCUUUCCAGUUGUUAUUCAUCCUUUUCAUAUCUGCUUCUUUUUCCUGACCUAAUGUGUUCUUUGACCUUCCUCUUUUCUGCUUCCCUUCAGGAUUCCAAGUUAGGGCUUGCCUCUUGAUGUAUGUAAUAUAUGUCCUAUCCAUUUCCAUCUACUAUUCCUACUUUCCUCUUCAGCUGGAAGCUGGUUUUUUCUGUCCCUUAGUAGACUGCUGCUGAUGGUAUCCGGCCAAUGGAUGUUGAGUAUCUUGCGUAGACAACUAUUUAUAAAUACUUAUACCUUCUUGACGAUGGUUGUAGUGGUUCUCCAAGUUCCAGUUCCGUAUAGUAGGACUGCCUUGACGUUCGCCUGUAGUUCUUCUAGAGUUACUGCCGGUCCUAAGCCCGGGUAAAGGAGGAGGGUUGGACAUGGGGUUAGCGACCCCAUCCUGUAGAAAACUAACUCGCUAAAAAAACGCUAACCAUAAAAAAAUAAUUCAAACCGGACGAAAAUCACUCUUCACUAUACCCUGGUCGUUGUUUCUAUAACCAAACACCUAGUUCUUUAGUAACCUGAGCUAUAAUGUGAAAAACACUUCUUUACACUGUAAUGGUUAUUCUCAAGUUAACAGGAUACCCCGGCAUCUAUUUCCAAAUACGUGUUAUUCUGUGGCUUAUUUAACCAUAUGAAAGUACAAUCUGAACGUAAUACUCAUUAUUAUCUACAUUACCAUAACAGAUGUUAACAAUUCUAUAUUCCUCAUUGUCGACACUGUACUUAUUAUAGGCCAAUAUAGUAUUUAUUCCGUUUUCAUUGUUUAAAACAUCCUUACAAGUCAUCAUAAAUCAAACUCUACAAACUACAACAUAGUUCCAUGUUUUAUUAUCUUAUUGUUAGAAACGUGUCUACGGGUGAUUUUCUUUUUUCUUACUUGAUUCUUUUCUAUUCAUACGAACAGAGAAUUAGUGAUCAAAGAGAAUCAAAAUACUUGAACAGAUUUUCGAUAUUUCCAUCUACUUUCUCAUUUACUUUUCAGUUGUACAAUAUAAACAUAAAUAGGGUUAUAGAAAAGUGAUUAGUAAAUAAAUAAAUGUAAAUUCUUCGAAAGCUUUUUUUCAUUUACGAAAAAGAAAGUAUAGAUUUACAUGAAUGAUUCUGUCUUAUUUUCUUUUCAUUAAUUCUACCUUGUAAUGAUAAUUACACUUGAUUGUAUAUAUAAACUUUUAUUAAAAUCUAUUUGUACAUUCAAACAAUCAAUAAUUAUUCCAAUAAUCAAUAAAUGAAAUAUUGAUUUCGGUACUAAUUUGUUUUAUACUGUAAAAUGAACUCAUUUAUGAUUCGUUUUUAAAUUAUUGUUUCUCUCAUUAAUUCUUAUUAAUUUAUUGAAGAAAAAAAAUCUAAUCAAUAAGUUUA